AAAUUUCAAGUGAACUAUCAACUACCAGAAUGGAUAAUUGGACAAACUCUUCGUUGGCAACAUUUAAUAAAAAUGUCACCACGUCUCAAAAUAUCAAAAUAUGUUAUUGAGCGAUUGUCUAAUAUCAACACAAAUGAGACUACGGGAUGUCUUUACGGUCUCAUGUACGAUGGCACACUACUCGUCGUGGGGAUAAGCUUAGAAUUUUUCGAAAAUGAAAAGAAAACUUACAGACAACUUCUUCUUUCAUUGCCGGCAGAAAUAGAGUUAUGUGGAGUCGUCAAAUUUACUAAAACUCUUUGCAUAGAGUCAAAAGCUAAGGAAAUAUUACAGAAUGUAGACAUAACAGAUAAUCCUCUUUUUAUCAUAAUAAAUGAAGAUAAGGAAAUUAAAGCACACUUUUUAGUGCAUGACAAAUUUGAAGAGACAAAGUAUGAAAUCCUUCAAACCGAAGAUUUGUGGAAACAGUUUAUUCAUGUUCGUCUAAACACAGUUUUACCAUUAACUUGUGAGGCGACAAUACCUGGGGUGAAAAAUGUCUUGCAAAAUAAGAGAAAGAAGAUAGCAUCUGGAGAAGUAUCGUUUCAAAUUGAUGGUACUGCAAUUUAUUUAUUUGGAAUUGCGUCAGAUGUUGGUGUGACUGGAACAAGUACAGAGACUAAUGUGGGUGAUCUCAUCGACUCUCUGAGUUCAGACCAAUCUUUUAAGAAAAAAAAAUACUCUUUAAAUAAAAUUGAAAUAGUACCUGUUAGUCUAGUAAUGAAGGCUACAAAAGAUAUACUGUCUGAUAAACUGGUAAAGACAGCAGUUAAGAUGAUGACCACACAAAGAAAACCUGCAUUUUGUAUUAGCAUGCCAUUAAGAGUAGACACACUGGCAAUGAUACACAGAAAUACGAAGUUGUCUGAACUUUACACAGUCUUAGUGGAAGCUGCGUGUCGCUCUCUCAAGCUACUUGAGACUGUACUUCUGGAACAGAUAGGUCAAGAAGGCAUAGGCGACGGAGCUGGAUUACGUUUGCCUGAAACUUUCCACUUCCUCCCUCAAGAACUUGGACAUUUCAUUACAAGGAUUGUACCAAAAGGCAUACCCGAUGAAAGCAUGGAAAAAGAACGUAGACUGCUCCACGAACAACUAUGUCUGCCACUGGAUAGACCAAUAUUCCGAAGAGGGAAUGCUUUUUCUUCUAAUCCUGGGAAACUUGUAAAUACUCACGAAGCCUUACCUCCCUUACCGAUUAAACAAGAUACAACAGUUGCACUUGUCCGUGGAAAGUACACUUAUCACCAUUAUAUGCAAGACAAUUUCAAUGAUGACGGUUGGGGUUGUGCCUACCGCUCAAUGCAAACUAUAUUUUCUUGGUUUAGGUUUCAAGGGUAUACAACAGUUGAAAUACCAACUCACAGAGAUAUCCAACAGUGCCUUGUAACUAUUGGCGACAAGCCAUCCUCAUUUUUAGGUUCUAAGAAAUGGAUAGGUUCUACUGAAGUAAUGUUUUGUUUGGAAACCCUUUUGGGUGUACAAUCCAGGAUUAUUUUUGCAAAUUCAGGAUCGGAAUUGAUAAAUUAUACUCCUGAACUGGUUCAUCAUUUCCAAAAACAUGGGAGUCCUAUUAUGAUUGGUGGCGGAGUCCUAGCACAUACGAUUAUAGGUGUAGAAUACAAUUCAGUAACGAAUGACACACGUUACCUCAUACUAGAUCCACAUUAUACUGGUGCUGACGACAUUAGUGUAGUUAUCAGUAAGGGCUGGUGCGGGUGGAAGAAUUCAGAUUUUUGGAACAAAACUGCGCAUUAUAAUUUAUGCUUACCACAGACUAAGCCGGUUAUAUAAAAGGAAGAGUUUUACAUAACCUUAUCAGUUGUAAAAUACCUACUACUUUUUGGGUCUCGCAUUAAAUAUUAAAUUUGGUACUAUACAAAUGCGGUCAAACUUUCCGCUCAAUGUUUAAUAAAACACAUUUUUUGUGAUAACAGGUGAAAAAUAAAUAUUCUAUAUUAGUCAAA